CACUACCACAGCUUCCCGCUCCGGGUGGCGAUCGGCGCCGAGCGCGACUGCUCGGAGGUGGACUUCGGGGCCACGUUCGCCAACGACGAGCAGCUGCGGAUCUGCCUGCGCUGCGACUGUGCAGGCGGCCUGGAGGUAACGCUGGCCUCGGUGAGGCGCGCUCGGGGCGGCGGGGCCUCGGACCUCCGGGAGCAGGCGAGGGUCUUGAGCAGUCAUGCCCUGGUCGGCGACUCCGACUGGAGCUUCAGGCCGCUCGUCAGGAUGUAUGGCAGCUCGAGUUCUACGUUCGUAUCUGGGACGCUGCGGUGGCAGUAG